ACUCUUCACCUUUUUAUAUUCUUAUUACUUUCUACACACUCAUCAUCAUCACUCACUAUAUAAACACACACUCACACAUUCACUCUACAAACACACAAAAAAAACAACUGAGAUCAGAUCAAGAUCUUAAACAAUGAGAUCCCAUCUCUUGAUUCUGUUGAUCUCUCUCUUGGUCUUGAAAUCUGAAUCCAUAAACUGCGAUGAAAAUAGCCAUACCUCAGAUCUAAGAGUGUUCCACAUUAACAGCCAAUGCUCUCCAUUCAAAACCUCUGCCUCAUGGGAAGACACACUUCUUCAAGACAAGGCUCGUUUCCUUUACUUGUCAAGCCUCGCCGCCGCUAAGAAAUCAUCAGUCCCAAUUGCAUCGGGACGGGCCAUCGUUCAGAGCCCUACUUACAUCGUGAGGGCUAACAUCGGGACACCAGCUCAGCCCAUGCUCGUGGCUCUUGACACUAGCAAUGACGCUGCUUGGAUUCCUUGUUCUGGUUGCGUUGGCUGUUCUUCCUCUGUUCUCUUUAACCCUUCCAAGUCAAGUUCCUCUCGUACUCUUCAAUGCCAAGCUCCUCAGUGUAAACAGGUACCAAAUCCAAGUUGCACCGUAAAAAAAUCAUGUGGUUUCAACAUGACCUACGGUGGUUCAGCCAUCGAAGCAUAUCUGACACAAGACACACUAACAUUGGCCAAUGACGUUAUCCCAAACUACACCUUUGGGUGCAUCAACAAGGCUUCCGGGUCAUCGUUGCCAGCGCAAGGACUCAUGGGUUUAGGUCGUGGUCCAUUGUCUCUAAUCUCACAGACACAAAAUCUUUAUCAGUCUACAUUCUCGUAUUGCUUGCCUAAUAGUAAGUCUGGCAAUUUCUCCGGAUCGCUAAGAUUGGGACCUAAGUUUCAACCAAUGCGGAUCAAGACCACUCCAUUGUUAAAGAACCCAAGGAGAUCAUCGCUUUACUAUGUUAAUUUGGUUGGAAUUCGUGUCGGAAAUAAAAUAGUGGACAUCCCUACAAGUGCACUCGCCUUUGAUCCGGCCACUGGAGCCGGAACCAUCUUUGACUCCGGGACGGUCUACACGAGGCUAGUCGAACCAGCUUACGUGGCGGUGAGAGACGAGUUCAGGCGACGUGUUAAGAACGCAAACGCAACUUCACUAGGAGGUUUCGACACUUGCUACUCCGGCUCCGUCGUGUACCCGUCGGUGACAUUUAUGUUCGCUGGAAUGAACGUUACUCUGCCUACGGACAACCUUCUCAUCCACAGCUCCGCAGGUAACCUCAGCUGCCUCGCCAUGGCUGCAGCUCCGACCAACGUUAACUCUGUCCUUAACGUCAUCGCUAGUAUGCAGCAGCAGAACCACCGUGUUCUCAUUGACGUUCCAAAUUCAAGGCUCGGCAUUUCUCGUGAAACUUGCACCUAAGUUUUAUCGGAUUGUGUUUUUGUUUUCGGUCUAUUUCGUAAUGCGUUUUGAACUUUUGAAUCUUGGAAACUAUAUAAGUUAAUGAUUUUUGUUAAUUCUCAUAUAUGUGAUUGUGAAAUCUUUCGUUAGAUUUUCUUUCGACUGUUCUCUGUUUCCAUAAAGGAUUGUCAUGAAUUUGCGGAUGCUGAAA